GUCGUAUCACUAGGGUAUAUAAAAUUUACGGAAAUUGGAAAUAGUAAGAUAUAUGUCAUAAUGGAUCCUGCUUCAGCCUCAUCAAUAUCGCCUCCAGGCCAUUCAUAUAAAGCAUUAGACAUCAAAGCAAGUGAUAUAGCAGGCGAUUUGUACGCUACUACGUAUGAUAAGCCGGGGGCACAGUUGAGGUAUAACGGGACGGAGGGCCUUAUGGAUACCUAUUACGAUGACAUUGUGAACCCCGUGUAUAACUUUGACUCUCCUUAUUUGAUGCAAAAUGGGACACUGCGACAUGAAACUGAACAACGGGUAUUGCCUGUUCUUGAGCAGAUCCCCUACAGGGAUGGUGUAGUGCCCUUCUUGGGAAAUGUACAGAAGGCACAUCAGGGAAACUAUGGUUCCAGGGAUAUGAACUACAUGCUCGGUUAUGACUAUAAUGCUUAUCAUAUGAACAAUGGAUACAAUAACCUUGGAUCUCCAGGAAUGCAACAAUUCGCUCACGUACCUAAAAUGGCUAUGUACCCACCACAUGAAAACAGGACUCCCUUGAUGAGUUGCGACAUGAACGCGUCAUCUCACAAAGUGCCGGAAGUUAGUCAGGACGCUACUCCCAAAACAGAGGAAAGGUCAGAAAGUAACCACUCAACUGCACCAUCUGUUAUAAGUGAAAGUUCUCCUCAGUUCCACGGAAUGUCAGGUCCGUGUAGUAAUGAUUAUCGACCGAAUAUUGCAAAUACCCCGACAUACAUGCCUGUUAACAAUACAAUAUUACCGGUAUCGAUGACUCCUGUACACAAUUUCAAUGAGGAAUAUAUGAUGUACAAUGUUCGUCAUGAAGAGGGUGAUGACUGUUACAACAGGACUUAUAUGGAGAACAGCCCUAUAAACGCAUCUAAACCGGUAGUUAGUUGGUACAACACGAUGAAGGAGAACUUUUACGACCCACGGAUGCAAAACCAUAGGCAGGAGCUUACGGCUGUGGUUACUCCUCGCCGUGUAUCGGUUAUGCAUCAGACGUAUAAUCCUCAUCAGAAUCCAUACCCUGGGAACAUGUUAUAUUGCACUAACAACUGGGAGCCAAAAGCCUACAUGUACGACCAUGAAGUUCGGGGUACCUUCCCUACGAUAUCCAAGUCACCGGCAUGCUAUGACAAUGGUACAGAAUACACGCCUAAUAAAUCUGAUUCCUAUACAGAAUCUGGUUCUACCAUUAAUGAGCUUCGAACGCAGCCAUCUAAAGAAAAUUACAACAUGACUCAGAUAGGUUCCAAUUACGAAAAUGCUGUUGAGCAGAGCCCAAUAUCGGAUUACUUUCGCAAACAGGGCAAUAACCAUUCUGAGUUACCUAAUGGGAGGCCUAUAUCAGAUGAAUACGGUAAAGAAUUACUGGAUAGUCGUGGUUGCGUGGGUGAGAAUAUGGGUACUGAUCUAUGUAUGGAAAGUUUGAAGAGUUUAAACAGGAACAAUAUAGACUUCCUACGUAUGAGUGAGUCGGUUUGGCAGGCUCUGCGGAGUACGGGCAUGUUCAAGUUAGGCAACAAAGGUCGUGCCAUUCUGAAAUCGAAGAUAUCAAAACAAUUGAAGAUGAACCCCCAUUUAAGGAUGAGAGCUUUAGGGAUAUCAGGAGUUCGCCGUGCUACAACACGUCAAUUGUUUCAGCUAGCUCAGAUAUGUGGCAUCAAAUCACAUCUUAAGUAACAUCAAGAAUAUUGGAUGACAUUUAAAAAUCGGAAUCCCAUCACAAGGGG